GUCCAAUCCACACCGAAGUCCGUAAAUUCACGGAAACUACCGAACUCGUGUUGUUUUGUCACGUGACCAAACAAAAAAGGCGGAAACUCCAAAACGCCAAGUGUUGCCAUGGGUGACAAGACAACAAUUAGGGAUGUAUUCAAUCAGUCUCAGACUGGCCUGCAGGGACACGGCAAGCUGAUAAAAACACUUGGAAAAAUCUACGAAAAGACUGAGUUCCCGGUGUUUUGGUCAGAGUUCAGCCAUUGCCUGAAGCAUGCGUUGAUCAUCUUCAAACGCGAGCCAGCAGUGGAACGGGUGAUCGACUUUGUCGCCAAGUUUGCGCCAAGCCUCAGCAAGCGAGGGUCAGACAAGGAUGUUGAUGGCGAAGGUGCUGAUGAUGAUCAGGAGGACAGCGUCGCCGACAACAAACUGCUUCAAGAGAUGUUUGACUUUCUCCUAUCUUGUCACCGUGCCACAGAUCGGGCUGUGAGGUUUCGCUGCUGCCAGCUGGUAAACAAGCUGCUGACCAACCUGGGAGAGGAUGCACAGAUAGACGAUGAACUCUACGACAGACUCUAUGAGACCAUGCUGGACAGACUGAAAGAUAAAUGCCCAGUCGUGCGCUACCAUGCUGUGCUGGCCAUGUCCAGACUCCAGGAUCCUACCGACGAAAACUGCCCUGUUAUCAGAGCAUACAUUUUUCUGCUCAACUGUGACCCAAACCAUGACGUCCGCCGCGGCGUCCUGACCUCGAUCGCGCCGUCCACAAAGACACUAGCCAGCAUCAUCGGCAGAACCCGUGAUGUCAGGGAUGUGGUUCGAAUGACGGCGUAUGUCGUCAUCUCUGAGAAGAUACACAUCAAGGCCCUGUCUAUCGCCCUGCGGCUGCAGAUUGUGCACGACGGUCUCAAAGAUAGAUCAGAGAUAGUAAAACAGGCGUGUGCUGGCAAGCUGCUGCAGGCUUGGAUGCGGACGUUCAAUGGUAGCUACCUGGACCUGUUGAAGAGUCUCGACGUGGAGGACUCAACCGAGAUCUGUACCAUGGUGCUCAAGACUCUGUUUGAAGCAUCAAGUGUAACUGACAUUCUUGAAAGAUUCGAUAUCCUUAAUGAGAGUUUGUUGGUGCCAGAAAACCGUCUGACGAGCGAAAGCGCCUUGUUCUGGCAGGUGGUCUGUGACUACUUCCACAAGAUGGGAACAGAGGGGGAUGAGCAUCUAGAGAAAGUCCUGCCAUCUGUUGUAGAAUUCUGUGGUUACCUGCAGAGGUACGUCGAUGACCUGAAGACCGUAGAGGAUCCAGAGAUCCAGCUGGGUCGAGAGUUCAUCAUAGAGCAGUUGCUACAGAUCACCAGCCUCAUGGACACAGCUGACGCCUCAUCCAGGAAAGCCCUGGAGUCCCUCUUGCACAACAUGCUGAUGGCAGACCACGUCAGUCACAGACUAGUAAAACCGAUCGUUGCGCGGAUCUGCGCACUUCGUGGUACGGCGGAGGCCAUGAUCGCGUAUUUCGCAGAGAUUGUGUCUGAAAUCCGUGAACCUAUCACGGUGGUUGAGAAGGACAUUGAAGCUGAGAAGCAGCGACAGAUCAACCUCAAGAUGGCAGGUAUACGAGUGCAGCUGAACCAGCUCAGGGACAACCUGGAGGUGGCCGUACGGGACCAGGACUUCACCCGGGCUGCCGAGAUCAAAGCCUCCAUAGCUCACCUUGAUGCAGAGAAGAACGUGCUACUCGUGUCACAGGAACCCGUCCGAGAGGAGAUUAGAGCUGAACGGAAUGAUCCCUUGACCAUCCUGAAGUGCCAGACCAUCAUAUCAGAGAUGCUGCAGCUCCUCAAGUUGAACACUGUCAGCCCCACUCUUCAGAUGAUGAUUGAGACGCAGAUCGUGCCAGGCAUACAGAACGAGGAUGCUGAAGUGCGUAACACCGCCAUGCAGGCCCUUGGACUGUGCUGCUACCUGAGCAAGGACCUGCUAGUCACCUACAUUCCGCUUUUUAUGCAGGCUUCCCAAAUCGACGUGGAAGGCGUGCGAGUGACGGCUUUGCAGAUUCUCUUCGACCUGCUGCUCAUCUUCGGCCUGGACAUAGUUGACGCUAGCGAGACCUCAUCAACUGGGUCCGAGAACGGCCCCCAGACAAGCGAACAGGAUGCCAGUAGCAUGGAGAAGGCGAGCGAUGAACGUAACGGGACCGCCAGCAAGCUUGUGGCCAUUAUCUGCUCCUUUCUUGAUGGGGAGGUGGUUGAGCUGAGAACGUGCGCGGCUGAAGGCCUGUCCAAGCUGUUGCUGUCCGGUCGCGUGGUGUCGUCCAAGAUCCUGUCCCACCUGAUACUGCUGUGGUACAACCCGCUGUCGGAGGACGAGACACACCUACGUGUCUGUCUGGGGACCUUCUUCCCUCUGUAUGCCCUGGCAUCCAGGUCCAACCAGGAGGUUGUGGAGGAGGCAUUCCUGCCGACCCUGAAGACCCUCCUUAAUGCCCCGCCCACCAGCCCGCUGGCCGAGGUGGACGUGAACAACGUGGCUGAGCUACUCGUGCAGCUCACCAACACCAAACUGCUCACUGUGAAUCAGGCCAAGGAGAAUCUGAGCCAGUCUUGCUGGGAUGACAAUCCAGGUCACGACAACCUCUCAGAGAGGGUCUGCAACGAGAUCCUCUCCGCCCCGGAAUCUGCCCACGUGAAGCUGUGGUCCAGGAUCCUCAAUCAGAUGGAGAUCAGUCCGGAUAAUGAGGUCGUCAUCAAGGAUCUACGCAUCCUCGCCUACAAGAUGGUCAAGACUGUGAAGGAGCGAAUAAGCCUGAAGGCGCUACAGAAGUUCCAGGCAACAAUCUCAAAGCUGGCAAGCAAGUACGUCACCAAUGACGACGACCUGCCAAGCAUAAACUUAGAGUUGGACGGACAGGCAGGGGAAGUAGUGGACACUGCUGACACCACCAUGGAUCAAAGCGAUGCACGGGCAACGCCGAAACGUAAAAGGGUGCGUGGCCUCUACUCGGCCAACAUGACGCUGGGCGUGACAGGCAUGGACUCGGAGCUGGACAUCACGGGGGAGGACUCUUUGGAGGACGUGGAUGCCUCCUGUCUGAUGAGCGCCGUUCCAGCGCCGAGCUCCACCUCCACCACUCCAGUACGGAAAGGUCGCAGCAAGAAGACCGCCGCUACGACUGAGCUAGCUGCGGAUGAGGAUGUUUUUGCAAUGCCAGAAGUUCCAGCAACCAAGAAAGCAUGCACAGAAAUUACAAGCCCAGACUCAGAGGUUGCAGAAUCUGAGGCGGUCACAAGGGAAGAAAUUAACAAGGAGGCAGAGAAGGGACUCUCAGAAGAUGAAUCACCAAAGAGAGGCCGUUCCUCAGAGAAAGCUGGUAGAACAUCACUGCAGAAAUCCCCUGCAGGUAGCGGGAAGAAGAAUGUGUCAUCGAGAAAAGAUUCAGAAAAGAGAAAAGCCUCCCGUUCGCCAGUUGAUUCGUCGCCCGAGAAGAGAAUCGCCUCUGAGUCGCCAGCCAGACGGAACCAGGAGAAAAGAAAGGCUUCGAAAUCGCCGGCAACGGAGAGAAAAAGAAUGUCAAAGUCUCCUGAUUACAAAGCAAAUGAGAAAAAGAUUGGACCCCAGAAGAAUCCUGAAAAGAAAACAGUUGGUAAGCCUCCCAUCAAAGAAGCUGCAAAGGGAGACCAAUCCCCUUCAAAGAGAAAGUCGUCUGCUUCUCUUACCUCCCCCAGUGCAAGUAAAGCUGGAGAUAAAGCCAAACAGAAAGUUACGGCAAAAGAAGUGGGACCUUCAAAGGCUAGGGUGGAUGCAAAAACUGAUAAAAACACCAGAAAGCCUUCGACAGUAACUCUAAUCCCUGAGAAGAAUGUCAGGACGGCGGCUAAUAGGAAUGCUAGUAAUAAGACCACAGAUUCUCCCGACAUGACACGUGCGAAAUCUGUUCGCGUUUCUGUGAUGAUGUCUGAGAAGACAAAAGCGGACGCCACUUUGGCAGCCGAAAAUUCGCCAAGGAAUGCAGGAAAACAAGGGAAACAGAAAGAUGUGGGAGCUGAAAAGGUUCGGGUUUCUGUAUCGAUGUCUGAGAAGACAAAAGCGGAUGCCACUUUGGCAGCCAAAAAUUCGCCGAGGAAACAGAAAGAUGCGGGUUCAAAAACGGCAGAUGUGGCAAAGUCUGGGAGGUCCCUGGUAAAGUUGGUGGUGGACACGCCAGAGAAGACAGAAGAGAAAAGGCGGACCUCGACUAGGUCUGUGGCAGACACGCCGGAGAUCUCGUCACCUAUGAGGGCUACACAGUCCGUGGUGGAGGAAUCUGUGGCCGAAACACCCGAGCAUGCCCCUGGGAAAGUCUGCAAGAAAGCUCCAGAAUCGAGACUAUCCCUGAACACGCGCCGAGCAGGAAGUGGCUCAUCUACGCCGAAUUCUACGCCAAAAUCCAGCACAGCCAGCGGCGCAAGGUCCACCAAAACACUUACGCCAUCUUUGGACACCAGUCGUAACACGCGAUCGUCUCAAAAAUCGGUUCUCACCCCGACUCCUGCUGGCUCCAGUAGUAGACCAGCCAAUAAAGUCCAGGCUAAAGCUUUUUCACAGACGGAAAAUACAAAGAAACCGGUCAAGCGUGGAAUCACCUCAUCUGCGAGUUCCCAAUCUGAUUCGUCUCCGGAGAAACGUGUUGCCAAGGCAACCAGGGUGGCAGCAAAGAAGGCUGCAAGCUCUGAAGACGCAAGUCUUAAGUCGCCCAAUAAUCGCCAAAAAGCUACCACCAAGUCAGCGCCCAUGGAACGCAAGACUUCUCCCACAAAACCCUCUUCCCAGACUGAUGAUGAUGAGGAGGAGACCAUUGUCCGUAAAGCGAGACCAUCACGCCGCAGUGCUAAUGUGUCUGGCUCGGCAUCAGUUCCGAUAUCCCCUCCCGCCUCCGCUGCACGAGUUACCCGUGCCUUCCUGUCCCAGUCCAGCACGCAGUCCCCAAGGUCACCGGGGCGUGGUGGGGUCAUGGUCCAGGGGUCAAGCAGUCAAAGUCAGGAGACGCAGGCAACCCGACGUAGCGUCAGAGGUAGUGGAGACAUGGGCAGCCCUGUCAGCAGCUCCCUGUCACUGAUAUCCACCCUGCCAUCCCAGUCUACAGGUUCCCAGUCUACCGCUACCCAGUCUUCCACUGCGUCUCGUGCUUCCAGGAAACCGGCAGCCACCCAGAGUGAAAGUAUGUCCCCAGCAAGCUCCACCAGGUCAAGCAAAGUUACGGAGGUCACCAAAGGGUCAAGGUCAACAGUGCAGAACAAAACGACCUUGACCAGGAACAGUAAGCUGAAAAGGCCUUCCAAGAAGUAACAUCAGUGCCUUACAUAACCUAAUUCACCAGACUAGAUCGUCCUUGAAGAAUUAAUGAUCAUGGUUGAUAGGUCGGACAAAAUGUCAGUGGUUCAGAGCAGCAUUUUACACUUUUUUGGAUUUUUUUCCAUUAGGACCCCAAAGAAAAGAUUUUAUUAAAAUAAUAUGUUUCUUGUUCUGAGAAAACUGGGCUUUAUUCAUGUGCGCAAAGUGUCGUCCCAGAUUAGCCUGUGCAGUCCGCACAUGCUAAUCAGGGACGACACUUUCCGCUUUAAUGGUAUUUUUAGUUUCAAGGAAGUCCCUCCUUACCGAAAAUCAAGUUUAGGCGGAAAGUGUCGUCCCUGAUUAGCCCGUGCGGACUGCAUAGGCUAAUCUGGGAUGACACUUUACGCACAUGCAUUAUGACCAGCUUUCACAGAACAAGACACAUAUAUGUAUGAGCCUCGGUCUGGGAAAAUGGAGUUUAUUGCAUAUAAGAAUUGUGUUUUCCCAGAUAAGCCUGUGAAGUCUACACAGGCUAGUCAGGGACGAAACUUUCUGUUUUUGUGGUACUUUAAAUUUAAAGGAAGUCCCCUCGUAGUGAAAAUCCAGUUUAGGCAGAAGUUAAGUGGGACAACACUUCACCCAUUUAGACCCAUUUUUCAGGAGAGGCCUAUAUGUACAUUAUUAUAUUGUUGUAAACAUUAAAACUAUUUAUUUAUGAUGUGUUUAAAACAACCCUGUAAAAGGCAUUAUGUAUUUUCCUCUCUUUUAAAGUUACCAAAAUCUCAUGCAUGGUUGUUGUAAGUUGGAAUGUUUUAUUUUCAAUAAAUAGUACUGGAUACGGAAAUUAUUAGCACUGCUUGGCCAAUAUUGGUAACUGUAAACAAGGACAUUUCAUUUUUGUUUUUAUUUGUCCUGUCUACCUUUCCAAGACAAUUUUUUUGGUGUUUUAAUAAUUGAUUAGCUUAACUUUUAUAAUAUUUAUUGUUUACAAAACCUUUGAAAGAAAUUGUCAUAUGAUUUUGUAUUUCUGGUAUACAAGGUGUUUUUUUAAUUGUUUCAAGAAAAAUUAUAUCAGAAAGACCUUGAUUUGAAACAUAUUUUUGUUUCGAAAAGCGCCUUUAGCUUGGCUGUUCAACAAAUAAUUUAUGCAACGAACUUUGCCAUGGGCAAGUUAACAAAUUUGAUAAUGUCAACACCCCAGGUGGUUGAUGAUUGAUGGACUUGGUUGUAUACCAGAGGGGGGGAGGUCACUUAGAGAGUGUAAUAUACAACAGUACUACGUGUUUAUAUUUUUGAACUUUGCCCAUAUGUUAGUCAUUCGCAUGUUGUAAUUUUCCAAUUAAAAUUCAAAUGUUCACAAUUUCCAUAAUUAUAAAUUUGAUGGUCGUUUCACAACUUAAGUUUAAAAUUGUACAAAGGUCAAUAUGGUAAUCUUUUUAUAAUAUAUAUAUAUAUAUAUAUAUAUUAAGAGUGGGGAAAAUUCGGUUAGUUUUUUUUUAAAGCUUUUGUUUCUAAAUAAGAACUUCUUUUUUUAAGGCGUGAAAUGUCACUUACGUGGUUAAAAUGUUAACAAACUGAGCUAUUCAUAUCUUAUUCAAACAAAAUUUUAUUAUCACGCACUUAAGUGUAGCAAAUUGUAGAACUUUGAUGUGCCGACAAUUUUAAAUCAAGUAUACAAACUUGUUAAUAUCGUAAUCAUAAGAAUUGAUGAGCAGUAUAUUGUCUGUUAUUAAACAAUUGUGUUCAAUUAUUUUGUCAUAAAAAAAGUAAAGUAAUUAUAUAUUGCUAAUAAAACAGUGUAAAAGA